UUAUUUAACGCAGAGAACAGUCCAAGUCAACUAGGCGUCGCGCCGACGGCCGACGCCGUCUCCUUCCGCGCCCGCCACCAGGCGCGCAUCGUCUGUCUCUUCUGUUGUUUCUCGGCCUCCGUUCGCCGUUGGACGUUUGCCUCCGCGCCUAAGAAAGCAAACCACGCAAUCGAGAUCCUUAAACGCAAAGAAACCGGGCGCCAUUUAUGCUCUCGAACCCCGCAAAGAUGCCGCCGCAAAGAGCGCCGCCGCCCAAGCCCUCCCCCUCCCACCGGCGGCAUGUCCUACUCCGACGACAUGGCGGCGUUCUACGACGCCUGGGUGCGCCGCGAGGAGCAGAUCGUGGCCGACCUCACGGCGGCGCUCGCGCUCCCGCUACCGCUCCCGCCCCGUCGCAGGAGCGACGCGCUGGCGCCGCUGGUGGACGCCGCCGUCGCGCACGUCGCCGCCUACUACGAGCACAAGUCCCGGCUGGCGGACCGCGACGUCGUGGCGGCGCUCGACCCGCGCUGGCUCAACCCGCUCGAGCGCACCUUCCUGUGGGCCUGGGGGUGGAAGCCCGCGCUCGUGUUCCGCUUCGUGGAGACCGGCGGCGUGGGACUGGGACUGGGACUGGGACCCGAGCAGCGGCGCGCGCUGGAGGAGCUCCGCGCCGCCACGGCGGCCGCCGAGCGGGAGGUGGACCUGCAGGUGGCGGCCGUGCAGGAGUCGCUGGCGGGCCCGCGGGUGCUGGCCGCGCUGCGCAGGCAGAGGCAGCCCCCGCGGCGGAACGACGAGGCCGUGGCGGCCGUCGGGCGCUCGCUGCGCGUGGUGCUGGCCGCGGCCGACGCGCUAAGGGACCGCACGCUGCGUGGCGUCGUCGGGCUGCUCGCGCCGGACCAGGCCGGCGCGGUCGUCGCGGCCAUGCUCAGGUUCCACCUCGGCGUCCGCCGCGCGGGCCGCGACUGGACCUCCGGCCAGCGGCGCGUCUAGUGGCGUGCCAACACCGUACCGUACCCCCAAUGCAUCACAACAGAACGGGACUAGUACUUUUUACGUUACGUGCAUGGGCACCAAAGCCUGUCAGCGUAUGUGUCCAUCCAACAAAUGUUGGCAAUAAGAGGGGAGUCAAAUCCUCUGGUUAUGUGUAUUUUUACCAUGUCAUUGUCAUGUCAUGCGAACAGAAACUGUUCGUUGAGUUGAGUCUAACGAGUCCAGGGUCACGGUCAUCGACACUGUCAGUCAUGGUCGUCGUAUGUGAAGUCUGUUCGGUUUCCGGUCGGGUCAACGUUGAAAAUCCAUUGACUUCGUGUCGUCACGCUGCAGGAGUAAUAGCGAGCCUGUUUGCUUUGCUACCUAUGCAAGCAGCUUUGCCCCGGCGCACGAAGUAUUCUCCAUUUUGGACGCGGCUGGGAUUGCUGACUGGCGUGUUUGCUGCCGGGGACUGGGAGAUUUCGAAUGAAAUAACGUCAGUCAAAAUAUAAAUUAGGUAACCGAGCCACGGAAGUUUCAUGGGAUGAAACUCAUCUCUCAUCUGAUGAAACUUCUUCAUUUAAUGACUCUGUCAAGUCAGCAAUUUUA